AUCUAUUACCGCCGUACACUGAUUUUCUCGGCAAUCUGGAUCUCAACAUAAAAGACUGGUGCGGAACCACCGCACAACCUGACACCAUGUCUACCCAAUACCCGAUCGGUCAAGAUACCUCGCAAAAGAGGCAGUUGAUAAAUUCCUUACGUGCGAGGAUUGGGAAGGAACGAUUAGAGACCGUCGGCACUCUGGACGAGCUCAAAAAAGCAUUCGACCACCUCAAACUAAGCGAUGACAUGUCGGUCUCUGACUCAAAGUACGACUGCACAACGCAGGUGUCGAUGCCCGAGCCCCAGAUCAGACCUAAACAUGAGAAGCCAGACCCCGAUGAACUCUGGAUCGGCCUAUGGGGUGAAAUACCGCGUUGGAAGAAGGGGUCGACUGUCAAUUACACUGCAUAUAAGCAUGGCUACUUGGCACCUAGCCACGCCUAUUACGCCGCGUAUAGGCUCUAUCAAGCAGCUGAGGAAUGGAACCGCCUGAACAUCGGCGUGAAGUUUCGGUACGUGAGCAAGCUUGAAGAUGCCGCAUUCGUUCUGGCCUACGGCGGCGACGGAGGCUCCACAAUGGGAAAAGGGUUCUUUCCGAAUUCGAAGGACCUCAACACACUGUUCGUAUAUCAGAGGGCCUUUCAGGCAGGCAUUGUCAAUAACAUGACCAAUGUCUUUCUGCACGAACUUGGGCACAUCUUGGGUCUCAGGCACGAGUUUGCGGACCUAGAAGGUGGCGCUAUCCAGUGGGGAAGCAGGAAUCCGGACUCGGUCAUGAGCUACAAUUUCCCCCCACAGAUUCAACCGUCUGACGAAAAAGACACAAGAUCGUUCUACGAUUCCACAGAGCAAAGAAUCGGAGGCUACCAGGUUCUGAACAUAACCCCAGACAAUUAAUCUCUUGCAAUUUACGUUGUGUGUACGGAGGUUCUUAUGGGGCUAGCGGCGACAAAAAUUUACCCACAAGGUUGACUCUACACUAGUUGACUCGAUACUAACCCCAUCACGGAAGUCCAAAUAGGGAGAUCAGACAGUCUCUUCAGGAUGAGCAUAAAUAGCUCCAACUUCACUCCUUUCAUGUAUCUAGCAAGUAAUCAAUAACUUGUCCGCUGCGUAUGCUGUCACACUGGCGCUCUCUCCAAACUGGACUUUAUUCUUGGAGACCAAGACAGAGCGUAUAAGCUGCACCUUGGUCCACAGAGCCGGGGUAGCUGGGGAAUCCAUCCUUCCAGCAGACAGUCUCAAGUCCGCAGGUGACGGUC